AUGACUCACCCUGGAUACCCCUUAGUGAAUUCGGAUUGGCUAAGUCAGGGCUGCAGCGCUGCCAUUGGUCCAGACGAAUUUUCGUGUUCACCCGACAGGGAUCAUGAAAGAACAAUGCUGCAAAAGCGAAUAGCAAUAGGAGGCAGCAUGAGGAACCCCGCUUGGUCCGAGGAGACGGGUGAGGGGGUGUGA